AUGCAGGGGUACUCGGAGGCUCCUGGAAUCUGGACGCAGGAGCAGGUCAAGGCGUGGAAGCCCAUCGUCGACGCCAUCCACCGUAAGGGUGGCAUCUUCUUCUGUCAGAUUUGGCAUGUCGGCAGGGUUUUCAUUAAUGGUUUGUUCCCAUCUAGCACUUUUGAGCUUGUGCUGGUUGUCUUGUUGGUUACUGAUUUUCCUUCAACCCAAUUCGCAGAUUUUCAGCCCGACGGACAGGAGCCUAUCUCGAGCACGGACAAGCAGAUUUCCCCGAACGCCGAGUUAGGAAUGGUGUAUUCGAAGCCGCGCCGGUUGCGGACUGCGUGGACUGCAAUUGAAGCCGGCUUCGAUGGUGUUGAGAUCCACGGCGCGCAGGGAUACCUCCUCGAGCAGUUCAUGAAGGACAGCUCUAAUGACCGCACAGAUGAGUACGGCAGCAGCCUAGAGAACCGGUGCCGCUUCGCCGUGGAGGUCAUAGACGCCAUUGUCCGUGAGAUUCCUCACAGGCUCUUGCCGUUCCGAAAGGCGUUUAACGGCACAUUUAUCGCCGCCUAUGGGUACGAUCGGGAGGAAGGCAACAAGGUAGUGGCAGAAGGCUAUGUUGACCUUGUCGCAUAUGGAAGGCUCUUCUUGGCUAACUCGGACCUGCCUAAGAGGUUCGAGCUGAAUGCACCACUGAACAAGUACGACCAUUCUACCUUCUACAUGCAAGAUCCCGUUGUUGGCUACACGGAUUACCCUUUCCUCGAAGACAGUAGCAAUAAUGAUGAUCAAGUACUCAAGUUUAAUCAUGCAGAUAAUCAAAUAUGA